AGUGUCAAAUUUUGUUUGUUAAUUUUGGACUUUCUUUUCUUUUUUGAGACAAGGUCUCCCUCUGUUGCCCAGGCUAGAGUGUAGUGGUGCAAUCAUGACUGACCUCAGCCUCAAACUCCUGGGCUCAAACAAUCCUCCUUCCUCAGCCUCCUGAGUAGCUGAGACUACAGGUGUGGGCUAAUUUUUUAAAAACUUUUCUGGAGAGAUGGGGUCUUGCUAUGCUGCCCAGGCCCAUCUUGAACUCCUAGUCCUCAGCCUUGGCCUCCUGAGAUUGCAGGUAUGAGCCACCGUGCAGGGCCAAUUUUGGUCUUUUCCACGGUGCUGGUCCUCCUCAGAUGCAUUGCAAUGACGGGCUUCAGAACACGCUACCCCAGAGAAGGCACCUCGGCAUGGUCACACAACCCAGAACUCCCUGCCCUUUUCCUGAAGAAGCUAAUAGUACCCUCAUGUGAGAGGUGCCCUCCCUGCACCUGGAGGAAAGGAGCGUCCUUAUCUCUGAAGACUCAGGGACACAGAGAAGAAUCUGAACCAACAGGCCUUCCUGAGUUCCCCACCUCCCCGGUGAUCCACAGGAGGUGCCCGCACAGGCACAGCCCCGUCGCUGCCGUGGCCGCACACAACGGGCCUCACCCUGCUGGUGCAAGCCUGGGCUAGACGCUCCGCGCUCCAAGGUCGGGUGGGCGCCCACUCAGUCCGCUGCGCGCACAGCGCCCCGGCGAGAGGCUCGGGGUUUAAUCACACACUGCGUCCGGCUUCCUGUCCCCAGCGCCCCCUCCCGCCCCGUUUCCCUUGCCCCUCCCUCUCUGCAGCCUGAUCCGCCCCGCCGGCUCCCCCUCUCCCGAUCCCUCGGGUCCCGGGAUGGGGGGGGCGGUGAGGCAGGCACAGCCCCCCGCCCCCAUGGCCGUCCGUCGGAGCCAGAGGCUGAGGGGGCGCCGGGGGGAGCCGGGCACCGCCCUGCUGGCCCCACUCGCGCUGGGCCUGGGCCUGGCGCUGGCCUGCCUCGGCCUCCUGCUGGCUGUGGUCAGCCUGGGGAGCCGGGCAUCGCUGUCCACCCAGGAGCCUUCCCAGGGGGAGCUGGUGGCAGAGGAGGACCAGGACCCGCCGGAACUGAAUCCCCAGACCGAGGAAAGCCAGGAUCCUGUGCCUUUCCUGAAACAACUAGUUCGGCCUCGCAGAAGUGCACCUAAAGGCCGGAAACCACGGGCUCGCAAAGCGAUUGCAGCCCACUAUGAAGUUCACCCACGACCUGGACAGGAUGGAGCGCAGGCGGGUGUGGACGGGACAGUGAGUGGCUGGGAGGAAGCCAGAAUCAACAGCUCCAGCCCUCUGCGCUACGACCGCCAGAUUGGGGAGUUCAUAGUCACCCGGGCUGGGCUCUACUACCUGUACUGUCAGGUGCACUUUGAUGAGGGGAAGGCUGUCUACCUGAAGCUGGACUUGCUGGUGGAUGACGUGCUGGCCCUGCGCUGCCUGGAGGAGUUCUCGGCCACGGUGGCGAGUUCCCUCGAGUCCCAGCUCCGCCUCUGCCAGGUGUCUGGGCUGUUACCCCUGCGUCCAGGGUCCUCCCUGCGUAUCCGCACCCUCCCCUGGGCCCAUCUCAAGGCCGCCCCCUUCCUCACCUACUUCGGACUCUUCCAGGUUCACUGAGGGGCCCUGGUCUCCCUGCAGUCAUACAGGCUGCCAACUCCCCUCGGCAGCUCUCUGGGCACCCAAGUCCCGUCCUCCCCACCCUCAGCUGCUCUUUGCUCCAGACCUGCCCCUCCCUGUAGAGGCUGCCAGAGCCUGUUCACUUGUUUUCCAUCCCACAUAAAUACAGUAUCCCACUCUGACCUUACAACACCCCCCACCGCCCACUUUCCACCUCACUAGCUCCCAAAUCCCUAACUCUUUGAGGCCCCCAAUGAUCUCUUGACUCCCCACUGGCCACAGACCCCCAGGGCAUUGUGUUCACUGUACUCUGUGGGCAAGGACGGGUCCAGAAGACCCCGCUUCAGGCAUUAAGAGGGGCUGGACCUGGUGGCAGGAAGCCAGAGACUGGGCCUCGGCCAGGAGUCCCCAAAUGUGAGGGGCGAGAGACAAGACAAGUUCCUCCCUUGAGAAUUCCCUGUGGAUUUUUAAAACAGAUAUUAUUUUUAUUAUUAUUGUGACAAAAUGUUGAUAAAUGGAUACUUAAGUCGAAUGAA